AUGGCUGCACGCAUAUUCCACUUCAAGAAAAUCCACUACUACCUCAUUCCCCUAGUCGCCCUCGUGGUCUGGUGGGGAAUGCUCAUAGCGCUCUUGUCUGCGUGGAGCUUGCAAGGAAAGCCCAUAUAUGACUUCAUGAAGGGAGAAGCACAGAAUCCCAUCUACAUCAGUGACAUUGGAGCCACGAAUCUUCAGCCGCUAUUCAUUGCGUGUGUGGGCUUCCAGAUGAUCUUUUUCGUCGGAACGUUGGUGAUGGAAUAUGUUCUCCGGAAGAAGAAGAAGCUCCAGCCGUACGUCUCAAAGAAACAGCCUAUUUUCGCCAUCAUCAGUAUUGUUUUCGCGGUGAUCGGACAGUUGGGAAUUCUUUUCGUGGCAUGUUUCCGCUCGCCCAGCUUCAAGACGGUCCACCUCAGUAUGGUGGGAGUGUUCAUUGUGGGAGAGUUCUUAGCGUGCGUGUUCAACUUUUUCAACUCGUUCCUCUUCGGAUAUCUUCCUGGCCGCCUCAAUCCCAACCAUGAAAAGGUCAUUUUCGGUAAACACCGCUUUGCGAACUUGUACAUGGUAUCCUUCGUUUGCAAGCUCUUCUGGCUCAUGGCAGCUAUUGUAUUUGCCCUUCUCUUUGGUAUAUUCAUGAAGAGAAAGGAGCGCUCGUUGUCUGCUAUUUUCGAGUGGACCAUCUCGUUCUGGUACGGAAUGUUGUUGUUGUUCUGGUCGAUCGAUCUAUUCCCAUCCGCUGUGAAACACUACGAGGUGCAUCAUGCGCAAAAGGUGGGCGAGACUUUUGUAGACAACCACCAGGCACCCAUUGUCGUUGACGAGGAGUUGACCGAAAAGCUGGUUUCCAGCACCGAUGGCUCAAGCAGCCCAGUCCCUGUCCAGCCUCCUGAACAACUGCAUCUCCAUGUUUAA